AUGCUCAAUUCAUACCGAAAUCUGAUUCGACUCCAUACGUCAAUAUUAAACAACUUUCAACAUUUUAAUUUGAGAAAACUGUAUUUACAAGGGAAUUUAUCGUUGCAAUUAACUGAUAGUAUGUUAUGUUUGACACCAGUUUUGACUUGUUUACAUUUGAGUUCAUUUGUUCGAGAACAACCAAUGAUUUAUUUUCAGCAUUUAAGCUACAGUUUUCAACGAUUUACUCUUCAUCUCAAUCGAUUUAAUUGUGAAUUUCUAUUCAACGGACAAUAUGAAGAAUUUCUUCUUAUGAAACUCAGACUAGAACAAUUACAUCCGUGUUUUGCACAUCGUUUUCACUUUACAAAACUUGAUUAUGGUCGAAUACAAGUAUCCACUAAUUAA